AUGAAAGCGGCAGCCUUGCACGCAUUGCUUCUUCAGAUUGUUGCUGCCCGGAAGUGGUGCUUGCAAAAUGCGGGACAAUGUUAUGGCAAUCAGCAUGCCUUCACCAAGGUUGAGCAUUUCCCUUGGGUCCAGUCUUGGGGCGUUGCUCAUGCACGUUUGGCGGAUAUGGACAGCGAUGGAGAUUUGGAUGCCCUUGUAUUGAAGGAAGGCAAGUUUUGGUUCUAUGAACGCAACAGCUCAGGGGAUCUCAUAGAAGGAACCCAGCUCAGGGUUCAAUUCGCGCCUGACACUUCAAUGCGCAUCCACCAUGACCAUGAUGAGCCAGCAAUGGCGUUUGAAUUAACGGAUUGGGAUCGAGAUGGAGACCUUGAUGUGAUCCUCUCAGAUGACGGCAGGCUCCGCUAUUUCGAACACCUCCGCCCUGCCAAUGCCUCGUUCUUCCUCAUCGAACAGCAAGUCUCCGAGUUGGUCGUUUUGGAUUCUUACAUCGAAAUUGUGCGCGAAACACGGCCAUUUCCACUCUCUCACUCUCACACUCUCGAAAUUGUCGAUUGGAACCAAGACGGGCACCUAGAUGUGAUCGUUGAUAUGACCCGGUAUUUUCAAAGUCACCAUGGCAAGCUUCAAGAGAUGCCAGCUGAACGCAAUCCAUUUCGCGACCUUCGUCAAACCGUGUGUGGGGAUGACGAGUUAAUGGCCAUUCGAUUGGCUGACUGGGAUAACGAUGGGGAUCUCGAUGUUAUUGCUCAUUGUGCUGGGUACUGUGUGCAAUGGGGUUAUUGCCAGUUGUCAGUAAGCUAUGCAGAGCAGCUCGCAGAUGGAACCUUUCUCAUGGCUUUGUCUGGCUGGGCGAGCACCGUUGAUCUAGUUUCCAACUCUAAUUUAUUUCUUUGCUGGGAUUGCCUGCAGGUGAUCGACUGGAAUGGAGAUGGGCUUUUGGAUUUGUUUACCGACAGCCGGGUCUUCUUGAGGAGCCGUGCCUCAGAGUGGGUCCCAAGAAAAGGCAGUGAGAAUCCUUUCGCCGGCUUAUUGUUCGCAAAUGCGCGACCUUAUCUGGUAGAUUGGGACUUGGAUGGCCAUCUUGAUAUGCUGGUGCGGGAGUCAGAUCAUUUGCGACUUAUCCUUCAAAAGCAAGGCAUGGACAGUUUGUCGCUGCAAGACAAUGCUGACAAGACCUGUCCUUAUCGCCCGGACUGGGCGUGGAAAGUGCUGGACUGUGAUGGCGAUGGAGAGCUGGACUUGGUUAGACUAUGGUACGAUCGUUACAAGUCGUACUCGAUUCAAGGCGCAGUCUCUUGCAAGCAGCAAGGCGGCGAGCUUCUAUGUGAGAACCAUUGUUUUGUUGAGCCUGUCCUAAAGUAUGCAAAGAACGGUUUUGCGCUCGGGGAUUGGGACAAUGAUGGUGACAUGGACCUAGUGGUGAUCAAGGAGGGUUCAGCCAGAGAGCCCUUUUUGAUGGACAAUGGUUUUUGCGUGCUGGAGCAGGCCUGCAGUGGUAUUGGUCGUUGCUUGGCUUCGGGUCAGUGCUCUUGCCCCAAGGAUCGGUCACUGAGCGAUUGCUCUGGUUGUGCUGUGGGCUAUUACACACCAGCCUAUCAGAUUGGCGGCAGAAAUGUCCAUGGCUGUGAAAGUUGUCCAGUUAACAUGAAAGAGGCUGUUUGUGCCGGUCGGGGUGUUUGCGUUGAUGAUGCUUAUGCUCAUUAUGCACAGUCUUUGCAGCAGACAAAUCUCACCAGCAGGACAAGGGGCAAUGGCUCUUGCAUUUGUGCCACAGAACAUUUUGUCGGACUUGACCAACUACAGCGCCAGACAUGUGCACAGGGCACGUGUCCUGAAGGCUAUAUGGAGACUGCUGUGAACGUGACGCAUUUGUUGCAUCCGCAAGUUCAACUUAGCUUCGGGUGUCAGGUCUGUCCUGCGGGGAGCUUUUCAAAUGGUGGUCGCCCGUGCAAGCAGUGUGAGGAAGGUGAAAUCCCAUCUGAGGAUGCUACCUCCUGCUUGGCUUGCAAUGAGCAUAGGGGCUUUCUGGUCUUCAUGGUAGAUGAAGCUGGCUUGCACUGCAUUCUGCCUCCUUUACAAUGGGUCGCCUUGGCGGUUUUCUGUUUGGCCCUGGUCUGCUUCGUCCGCUUUUUGGCCAUGGCAUGUUGCUAUGUGGUGCCCAUUGCAGAUCUCACCAGGCAGAUCGAUGGAGUCAUCGUCACAAGUCAUGGAGAACAUUGGCUCCAGCGCGAUGUGGCUGUAGCUUUCAAACACGCAGAAAUCCCUUGGCUAGACACAGGCGAGUGGCGAGUGAAAUGCGUCAGCAAGGAGCGCUUGUUCCUGUUCGCCAAAGAUGAGAGCCGCCCCAUGGAGACCUCCAGUGGCUGCCUUCGCGUCGGGCUUUGUUCCGCUCUAAGCCGUGCAGGCUACUUGGGAGUGCCUUUGGCACUUUGGUUGCUUUGCUUUGGAGCCCUGGCUUUGGCAGCUCUCUUGAGUGGAUACUUGACUUUCUUGAUGGCAUCCUUUGCUGGAGUUGCUGCGAUCUUCCUCGCCGUGGGGCUCCAUGUUUAUCGGCAUUGGCGUUUGUUUACGGCCGACAGCAUGUCAGAGCAUGUGAAGGAUGAAGAGUCUGUUCAUUACGAGGGCUUUGUGAUGACGACGUCCUCAGGCGUUUUGUCUGCGGGGGGCGGCGGCACCGAUCUUUGCAUGGCCGUCGCAGAUCGCCUGGCCGUGCUCGACAUGCGCCAGGCCGAGGCCACCAAUGUCAAGGACGAGCAAUCGGAACAAAAGCAAGAAGGAAAUGAUAAUAAUUUGUUUUAA